AUGCAGAGGGCAAGCGCCACGACGCUGCUGUGGCACUUGGCCGCCUGGGCAGCCUGUGCCUACUUCCUGUGGCGCGCUGAGCAGCUCUUCGGCAGUCCCCACGCCAACACCCUCGCCUUUGGCGGCCGGUAUGCCUUCCUGACGCAGCUGACGCACACGGCGCUGGCGGGCUACUUCACCUUCCUGGUCGUCUACGACCUCUACCACCUGAUCGCCACUACUCCAACACCACCACCUUCAUCAUCAGCCAAGGCGCGAAAGAAGAACCCCGAGCCGACGUCGAGCUCGACGGCCAAGCGCCUGAAUGCGCUCAAUGACUACCUCUUCGUGCUCCUCUUCGUGUUCACGUCGCUCGUGGGGCUCAUGUUCUGGGGCCUCUUCUUCUACGACCAGGAGCUCAUCUUGCCGCGUAGCGUCCAGCACUACUACCCGCAGGACCUCAACUACUUCCAGCACGGCGCCGUGAUGCUGCUCAUGUGGCUCGAGGCCGUCGUGUGCCGCCGGGCGCACCGCAACCGCAGCGCCGCGGCCGAGCUGGCCCUGGUGCUGGCCUUCGGGCUGCUCUACCUGGUCUGGACCUUUGCGCUGGUGCGGCUCAACGGCGGCCAGUGGCCCUACGCCUUCCAGCGCGACAUGGACCUGCGGGGCCACGCCGCGUUCAACCUGGUCGGUGCCGGCGUCAUCGUAGUCGCCUUCGCCCUGGCUCGCGGCGUGCGCGCCCUUCUCAACCCGAACCCGCGCGCCACCGGCGCCGCACCUCACGUGGGCAAGAAGAGGGCGAACCCAAAGAAGAAGCAGACCUGA